UAGGUACUUCCGCCGAUGCAAAAUGGCGGCGGAGACAACAACGGAGCUCCUAUUUUUAGACACUUUCAAGCACCAGAGCACGGAGCAAAGUACUAAUGUAGACGUGGUUCGCUUUCCAUGUGUUGUUUACAUCAAUGAAGUGCGUGUCAUCCCUCCAGGAGUAAGAGCUCAUUCUAACUUGCCUGAAAAUAGAGCUUAUGGUGAGACAUCCCCUCAUACAUUUCAGUUAGACCUGUUUUUCAACAACGUCAGCAAGCCAAGUGCACCUGUAUUUGACAGGCUGGGAAGCUUGGAGUAUGAUGAGAACUCUUCAAUUAUUUUCAGACCCAAUGCAAAGGUCAACACUGAUGGGUUAGUUCUAAGAGGCUGGUACAACUGCCUGACGUUGGCAAUAUAUGGCUCUGUUGAUAGAGUAAUAAGCCAUGAUAGGGAUUCUCCACCACCUCCUCCACCGCCACCGCCUCCUCCUCAGCAGCAGACAGCUUUGAAAAGACCUCCAAAACUUGCAGAUGGAGAGAAAGAGGAUCAGUUCAAUGGCAGUCCUCCACGACCACAACCUAGAGGGCCCAGAACUCCACCAGGCCCUCCUCCUCCUGAUGAUGAUGAAGAUGAACCAAUGCCUGUAUCAGUGGUUGGAGAAAAAGAUGAUGAAGUUGAUCACAGAGAGGAUUACUUUGAACCCAUUUCCCCUGAUCGGACAUCUGUUCAUCAAGAAGGUCCAUACUCUGAUGAAGCAGAAGUGGAAGAAGAUCAGCCAGAAGAAGUAGAGGAUGAUGAAGAAGGGGUGGAUGUUGAGGAAGAGGAAGAGGAGGAAGAUGAUGAAGAUGGUCAGACAGAGAGUAUUCCUGAGGAAGAAGAUGAUGAUGAAGAGGAAGAAGUAGAAGAUGGUGAUGAAGAGGAUGAAGAAGAAGAUGGUGAUGAAGAGGAGGAAGUUGAAGGGGAUGAUGGUUAUGAACAGAUUUCAAGUGAUGAAGAUGGAAUUGCUGACUUGGAACGUGAGACGUUUAAGUAUCCAAGCUUUGAUAUAGAAUACACUGCAGAGGAUCUAGCCAGAGUGCCACCUGUAACCUAUGAUCCAUUUGAUAGAGAGCUUGGGCCACUACUGUACUUUGGCUGUCCCUACAAGACUACUUUUGAGAUGGAAAUUGCCAAAAUGAAAGAGCAAGAUCCAGACAAGGAAAACUCUGGAGCAGUUGAGGCCUCUGUGAAGUUGACUGAAUUCUUUGAACUAUAUCAGGAGGAGAGAGGUGCAAAAUGGGUCACUGCUUUGGAAGAAAUUUCAAGUUUAAUAGUCAAAGGACUGAGCUACUUGCAGUUAAAGGACACAAAUCAGGAUUAUAUAAGCCAGUUAGUUGACUGGACAAUGCAGUCCUUAAACCUGCAAGUAGCCUUACGGCAGCCAAUUGCUUUGAAUGUCCGUCAGCUUAAAGCUGGGACGAAACUUGUUUCUUCGCUGGCAGAAUGUGGAACUCAAGGAAUAGCUGGACUCCUGCAAGCAGGAGUAAUUAAUUCUUUAUUUGAACUGCUCUUUGCAGAUCAUGUCUCCUCUUCUCUUAAACUCAAUGCUUUUAAAGCUCUAGAUAGUGUUAUUAGCAUGACUGAAGGGAUGGAGAUAUUUUUGAGGAGUGGCUUAGAACCACAUGAAAAAAGUGGUUAUCAGAGACUACUGGAGCUUAUCCUACUGGACCAGACGGUAAGGGUAGUAACUGCAAGCUCUGCCAUUCUACAGAAGUGCCACUUCUAUGAGGUUUUAUCUGAGGUCAAAAAGUUUGCUGACCAAUUAGCAGAAAGUUCUCCACCUCUUUCAAAUCAUUCUGAACCUGAGCAGGACUCAGAUGCUGGGCUUGAGCGAGCCAGCCAGGAAUAUGAGAAUGAUGUGGAAGCUCCAAUGGAUAUGGACAACCUUUUGGAAUCAUCCAGUAUGAGUGAAGGAGAAGUGGAAAAACUCAUUAACCUUUUGGAUGAAAUUUUGCAUCUGAUGGAGACUGCCCCUCACACCAUGAUCCAGCCACCUGUGAAAUCUUUUCCAACAACAGCACGUAUUACAGGACCCCCUGAAAGGGACGACCCUUUCCCAGUCCUGUUCAGAUAUCUUCAUAACCAUCAUUUCUUGGAAUCUAUUACAUUGCUUCUGUCAAAUCCAGUAACAAAUGUACACCCUGGGGUGCUUCAGUCUGCUAGGGAUAUACUAAGGUUCUUGGCUCAGUCACAGAAAGGUCUCCUUUUUUUCCUCUCUGAGUAUGAAGCCACAAACCUGCUAGUUCGAGCCUUUUGCCAGUUUUCUGAUCCUGAUCAGGAAGAAGGUCUCCAGACAGACGGGGCAAGUGAUGAAGCAUUUCCCCUGUGGCUUCUUCAUUCAACACAGACACUGCAGUGCAUUUCAGAACUGUUCUGCCAUUUCCAGCGCUGCACCGUCACUGAUGAAACUGACCAUUCAGAUCUCCUGGGAACGCUUCAUAACCUUUACUUGAUCACUUUUAACCCUGUAGGAAGAGCUGCUGUUGCCCAUGUCUUCAGCCUUGAGAAGAAUCUGCAGAGUCUUAUUACUCUAAUGGAAUUCUAUUCCAAAGAAGCACUAGGUGAUACCAAGUCAAAGAAGUCAGUUGCCUAUAAUUAUGCCUGCAUCCUUGUUCUUCUGGUGGUCCAGUCUUCCAGUGAUGUCCAAAUGCUUGAACAAUACUCAGCACCUUUGUUGAAGCUUUGCAAAGCUGAUGAAAAUAACACUAAAUUGCAAGAACUUAGCAAAUGGCUAGAGCCUUUGAAAACCAUUCGAUUUGAAAUUAAUUGUAUCCCAAAUCUCAUUGAAUAUAUCAAACAGAAUAUUGAUAGCUUGAUGACCCAGGAAGGAGUUGGUCUUCCCACUGCACUUCGUGUCCUGUGUCAUAUUGCAUGUCCACCUCCACCUGUUGAAGGCCAACAAAAGGACCUUAAAUGGAACCUUGCAGUGAUUCAGCUCUUCUCUUCUGAAGGAAUGGACACUUUUAUCCGGGUUCUGCAAAAGUUAAACAGCAUCCUUAUUCAGCCCUGGAGGCUGCAUGUCAACAUGGGAACCACCCUCCACAGAGUCACUACCAUCUCCAUGGCCCGGUGUACUCUCACUCUCUUGAAAACCAUGCUAACUGAACUACUGCGGGGAGGAUCCUUUGAGUUCAAAGAUAUGCGUGUUCCUUCAGUACUUAUUUCCUUACACAUGCUUUUGUGUUCUAUUCCCCUCUCAGGACGUUUAGACAGUGAUGAACAAAAAAUCCAGAAUGAUAUUGUUGAUAUUUUGUUGACUUUUACCCAGGGUGUUAAUGAAAAGCUAACUAUCUCAGAAGAAACUUUGGCCAAUAAUACUUGGUCACUCAUGCUAAAGGAGGUUCUCAUUUCUAUUCUGCGAAUUCCUGAAGGAUUUUUCUCUGGUAUUAUACUACUUUCUGAAUUGCUGCCCCUACCAUUGCCCAUGCAAACCACUCAGGUUAUUGAACCACAUGACAUUGCAGUGGCUCUCAACACUAGAAAACUAUGGAGCAUGCACCUCCAUGUUCAGGCAAAACUGUUACAAGAAAUAGUGCGCUCCUUCUCUGGUUCCACCUGUCAGCCUAUUCAGCAUAUGCUAAGGCGGAUUUGUGUUCAGCUGUGUGAUCUGGCCUCACCAACUGCUCUCCUUAUUAUGAGGACUGUUUUGGAUCUCCUUGUAGAAGAUCUGCAAAGCAAUCCAGAAGAUAAAGAGAAACAGUACACUGGCCAAACUACUCGCUUACUUGCUUUACUUGAUGCCCUGGUUUCACACAAAGCUUGUAAAUUGGCUAUUUUGCAUCUGAUUAAUGGAACUACUAAAGGCGAUGAAAAGUAUGCUGAAAUUUUCCUGGAGCUUUUGUCUUUAAUACGAGCUGCAGGGGACAACAUCAUUCACCAGCAGUGUGCUGAAUACUUAGCAUCUGUUCUCCAGUCCCUUUGUGACCAGGACAUUGCCUUGAUCUUGCCCAGUUCUUCAGAGACCACUCUCUCUGAGUUGGAACAGCUUUCCAAUUCAUUGCCAAACAAGGAGCUCAUGGCUUCCAUCUGUGAUUCCCUAAUGGAAACACUUGCUAAUGCUGAAAGCAGCUAUAAUUGUUUGCUGACUUGUAUCAGGACAAUGAUGUUCCUUACAGAGCAUGAUUAUGGAUUCUAUCACCUGAAGAGUUCUCUGAGAAAACACUCUGGUGCUCUGCAAAUGGUCCUGAAGAGAGUAGUAAGCAGCUUCAGUAAAGACACUGGAGAACUGGCCUCUUCUUUUCUGGAUUUCAUGAGACAGAUACUAAAUUCUGAUACACUGGGAUGUUGUGGAGAUGAUGGAAGUCUUGCAGAAGUAGAUGGAGCCCAUCCCGCUAGAACAUUGGGUCUUACUACUGCAGAAUUAAAAUACCAAUUACAAAACAAAGAAGAAACUCCAGAAAAUCUGCUUCUUGAACUGGAGAAGCUAGUUUUGGAAUGUUCUAAAGAAGAUGACAGUCUGGAAUCUUUAUUGGACAAUGUUGUUGGUCUUCGUCAGAUGUUGGAAUCUGCUGGCGAUGCUUGUUCUCUCAGUGACCAAGAUAUAGAACCGAUCCUUCCAGCACCAGAAUCUCUUCAGCAUCUUUUUAAUAAUAGGACUGCCUACAUCUUAGCCGAUGUUAUGGAUGACCAGCUGAAGUCUAUGUGGUUCUCCCCUUUCCAGGCUGAAGAGAUAGAAACUGAUCUUGACAUGGUAAAGGUUGACUUAAUUGACUUGUCAGAAAAAGGAUGCAGUGACUUUGACUUGCAAGCAGAGCUGGAAAGGUCAUUUUUGUCAGAACCUUCUUCUCCUGGUCGGACAAAAACCACGAAAGGCUUUAAACUUGGCAAGCAUAAGCACGAAACGUUUAUUACUUCCAGUGGAAAGUCAGAAUAUAUCGAACCUGCCAAGAGGGCUCAUAUUGUGCCCCCGCCUAGAGGAAGAGGCAGGGGAGCAUUUGGCCAAGGCAUCCGGCCCCAUGAUAUCUUUCGCCAGAGAAAGCAGAAUACAAGCAGGCCACCUUCUAUGCAUGUUGAUGACUUUGUGGCUGCAGAGAGCAAGGAAGUAGUUCCACCAGAUGGCAUACCACCUCCCAAGAGGCCACCUAAAGUUUCACAGAAGAUCUCUUCACGUGGUGGGUUCUCAGGGAACCGAGGAGGACGAGGAGCCUUUCACAGCCAAAAUAGAUUCUUCACACCACCUGCUUCAAAAGGAAAUUACAGUCGCCGUGAAGGUGCCAGAGGGUCAAGCUGGAGUGCCCAAAGUUCUCCACGAGGGACCUACAACGAAAGCAGAGGCGGGCAGAGCAAUUUUAACAGGGGACCACUUCCACCUCUGAGACCAUUAAGUUCUGCUGGUUACCGGCCAAGUCCUCGUGACCGUGCUUCCCGAGGUCGUGGGGGAAUUGGACCUUCUUGGGCAAGUGCAAAUAGUGGUGGUAGUGGUGGCUCAAGAGGAAAGUUUGUGAGUGGAGGCAGCGGAAGGGGACGCCACGUCCGUUCUUUUACUCGAUAAAUAGACCUUUGAGGAUGUUCUGACUGUGAAUAUUAUGAGAUGACAACAAAAACCUGAGGACCAAUGUUAGACUCACUGGUGUCUGGUAGCAGCAAGACAGGAUUUUUUUUUCCGGGAAGAAUCUAAUUUUGUUUGAUACGAGAUCUGAGAUUUCAAUAAAACUUGGUUUUUGGGGUGUGUGUAUGGUUGCUUAUGUUUACUGGCACAAAAUGUCAGUAUGCCAGAAGUACAAGUUAAGAUUUGCUUUUAAAUGUGGCUCUCGUCUGGGGUAUGUCAGAAUGGCUUCUCCAAUGUGAUACAUCCAUGCCUGUAGCCACUGUGGCAAUGUACUGUAAUUUAGUAUAAGGUCAGGCUUAUGUUGCUGACCCUCAUUUCUUGCACAGCUUUAGGGAGACAUUAUCUCUUUGAUGAUUGGGAAAAAAACAAUGUCCAGUGACAAUGUCCUGUUGUAAAGAAUUCCUUAUCAGUUUUAGGUAGCAUGUAAAAUAUGUUUUAGGUUAGCUUUCAGUAAAUAAUUGUCAUGUUUACAUGCACUGUAGCCGAUUUCCAUUCUUCAAAAUUAUCACUAUGCUUUCCCCCCCUUUUGAACUUUUGUAUUUGGAUCAGAUGCUGCCUUAAACCUAUAAAUCUUUUUUAAAAAACAA